AUGUUUUAUCGAGGGUCAUUUGCGUUUAUUCUAGCCCUUUCCCGCAUCGGGGGCUGUGCCAACUCCUCAAUUGACGACUACGAUGUCCUUCAAUAUGUCGACCCUCUUGUUGGAACCGCGAAUGGAGGCAACGUCUUUGCAGGCGCCACAAUCCCGUACGGCAUGGCCAAGGCCGUCGCCGAUACUGACUCAGAGAACAACCAAGGAGGCUUCGCCUAUGAUGGCAGCAGCAUCACCGGGUUCUCCAGUAUGCAUGAUUCAGGCACUGGUGGCCAGCCCUCCUUAGGGAAUUUCCCACUAUUCCCCUACACAACGUGCAAAGAUGACGAGGUGGAUGGGUGCGCGUAUCCAAAGAAGCAGCGGAAGACCUCCUACGUCUCCGAGUCGGUCAAGUCUAGUCCUGGGUACUUUGGGCUGAAUAUGAGCUCAGGUAUCCAGGUAGAUAUGACGGCUGCCCAUCAUACAUCCCUCUUCCGCUUUCAGUUUCCAACCGACAUGCCAUCAAGCCCCCUGAUUCUGCUGGAUCUCUCCGACUUGUCCGAUACUCGUCAGGAUAACGGGACUAUUUCUGUCGAUGUUACAACGGGACGUAUGACAGGUCAUGCGAAAUUCUUGCCCAGCUUUGGGAGCGGAUCCUACGUGCCGUACUUCUGCGCAGACUUUCAAGGCGGUGAUAUUCGAGAUAAUGGCAUCUUUGUUGAUGCGCGGGCUAGUACUGAUGUCAAGGACCUCACGAUAUCGCGCAGCAUAAACGGUUAUCCUCUUCCGGGGGGAGCUUUUGUGCGGUUCCAUUCUUCUUCCGACAACACGAUUCAAGCUCGAGUAGGAUUGAGUUUCAUCAGUAGCGAGCAAGCAUGUGAGAGUGCGGAAGCUGAAAUCCCAGACUUUGACUUCAACAAGACCUACACAGCAGCUGUGGACUUGUGGACAGAAAAGCUGGCCCCAAUCCGUGUUUCGAGGAAUGGGACGAACUCGAGCACGUUGACCAACUUCUACAGCGGGAUAUACCGAACCAUGAUUAACCCGCAGGAUUACACAGGGGAGAACCCACUGUGGGACAGCUCGGAGCCGUACUUUGAUUCCUUUUACUGCCUGUGGGACUCCUUCCGAUCCCAAUUCCCGUUUUUGACAAUUUUCGAUCCCGCGUCGCUAAGUCGAAUCCUGCGCUCUUUGAUCGACACACAACGGCAUUUGGGAUGGCUCCCAGAUUGCCGGAUGUCUCUUUGCAAAGGCUACACACAAGGCGGCUCGAAUGCUGAUGUCGUUCUGGCUGAUGCAUUUGUCAAGGGCAUCUCUGAUGGCAUUGACUGGGAAGCGGGUUAUGCAGCUGUCCAGAGAGAUGCUGAGGAAGAACCGUUUGACUGGUCGAAUGAAGGUCGCGGUGGACUGAUGAGCUGGAAGGCGCUGAACUAUAUCCCUGUGGAGGAUUUCGACUAUAUCGGGUUCGGAACACUGACACGCAGCAUCUCCCGCACGCUGGAAUACUCUUACAAUGACUUCACCAUUGCACAGAUGGCCCGGGGUCUCAAUAAAACCAGCGAUGCCGAGAAAUACGAGAACACCGCCCAGUACUGGGAGCACCUCUUCCGCGUGGACCAAACCUCGUUUCUCAAUGGCACCGAUACCGGAUUCAAGGGCUUCUUCCAGCCCAAGUAUCUAAACGGUACAUGGGGCAACCAGGACCCUUUGACGUGUUCGAAUAUAGACACGAGCGGAAAAUCUUGCUCCCUGCAGAACAAUGCCGCUGAGACCUUCGAGUCCAGCAUCUGGGAAUACCAAUUCUUCGUUCCUCACGACAUGGCCACUCUGAUCAACCUGCUUGGUGGUCCCUCCGAGUUCGUCCGUCGUCUCGACUACCUCCACGACCAAGGCAUCACGUACAUCGGAAACGAACCCGCCUUCCUUACCGUGUUUCAGUACCACUACGCCGGUCGGCCCGGCAAGUCGACCGCCCGCGCGCACUUCUAUGUGCCACGGUACUUCAACCCGACGCCCACCGGCCUCCCUGGCAACGACGACUCUGGUGCCAUGGGCUCCUUCCUGGCCAUGACCAUGAUGGGCCUCUUCCCUAACCCCGGGCAGAACGUCUAUCUGAUUAUCGCCCCGUUCUUCGAAUCCGUCCGCAUCACCUCGCCUCUCACGGGAGAGACGGCCACGGUGCAGACCGUCAAUUUCGACCCUAAUUACCAGAAUAUCUACAUCCAGUCUGCUACACUGGACGGUGAGCCUUACACCAAGAGCUACGUCGGGCAUGAGUUCUUCACCAAGGGACAGGAGUUGGUGCUCGUGCUGGGACGGAAUGAAAGUACCUGGGGGACGGGCCCGGAUGACCUGCCGCCUUCGUUGUCGACGAAUGGGGAUUCCACGUUGAAUUUCAGGCGGGAUGGGUAG